AUGGCUUGGGAGCAGCUCGCCAUCAACAAGCCGCACUUGGUGUACAUCAUCUUGGGCGGCUUCACCAGCUUGUUCAUGCUGUGCUCCUCCGUCAUCAAGGAGCGCUUGUACAUUGGAGAAGCUACCGUCGCCACGCUGUGCGGCAUCAUCUUUGGCCCUCACGCUGCGGGGCUCAUAGACCCGCUGUCGUGGGGCAACACAGAUCAGAUCACCCUCGAGUUCUCCCGCAUUGUCCUCGUGGUGCAAUGCUUUGCUGUCGGAGUCGAGUUACCCAAGGCCUACAUGGAGCGGCAUUGGCGAUCCGUCGUCUGCUUGCUCGUCCCAGUCAUGACUUUUGGCUGGCUGAUCACCAGCUUGUUCAUCUGGGCCUUCUUCUACCAACACAUUGGUUGGCUGCAAAGCUUGGCCAUAGCGGCCUGCGUUACCGCCACCGACCCUGUCUUGGCCUCCUCGGUGGUAGGAAAAGGCAAGUUUGCUAAGCGAGUGCCGAAGCAUCUGCGAGAUCUCUUAUCUGCCGAGUCGGGAUGCAACGAUGGCAUGGCGUUCCCGUUCGUGUAUCUCGCAAUCUACAUCAUUGACCACUACGGUCAUCCCAGUGAAGUUGCAUACCAUUGGUUCUGCUUCACCAUUCUCUACGAGUGUAUCUUCGGCGCCUUCUACGGUGUGGUCGUUGGCUACGUCGCUCGCCGACUCAUUCGAUACGCACAUGAGCGCGACCUCAUUGAUAGAGAGUCCUUUCUUGUCUUCUACUUCGUCUUGGCCCUGUUCUGCGCUGGCUCGGGAUCUCUCCUGGGUUUGGACGACCUACUUGUUGGCUUCGCUUGCGGCGUGGGAUUCAGUAACGACGGCUGGUUCACAGAGAAGACGGAGGAGGCGCACGUUUCCAACGUCAUUGACUUGCUCAUCAACCUGGCUUUCUUUGUCUAUUUUGGCGCCAUCAUCCCCUGGGAGCAAUACAAUGCUGGUGUUUUUGGUCUGGAUGUCUGGAAACUAGUCGUUAUUGGCAUAUUGGUCUUGUUGUUUCGGCGCAUUCCUAUCAUGAUGGUCCUGAAACCAGCGAUCCCGGACAUCAAGACUUGGCGCGAAGCGCUCUUCGCUGGCCAUUUUGGGCCCAUCGGUGUCGGUGCCAUCUUCGUGGCAAUCCUCGCAAGAGCUGAGCUGGAGACUGGCCAGACCACUCCGCUUGCAGAUCUACCGCGAGAGAACGAUGAAUACACGGUUAUUUACCUCAUCUGGCCCAUCACAACGUUCCUGGUGAUCUGCUCCAUUGUGGUCCACGGCUCCUCCAUUGCCGUCUUUACUCUUGGAAAGCACAUCAACACCUUGACGCUGACAUUGUCGUACACACAAGGCAACGAACAAGGACCGACCUGGAUGGAUCGUUUGCCACGAAUUCAGUCGCGGUCCAAGAGCUCCAUGUCGAUACAGUCUUUGGACGAGAAGCUACCCGUAGGUGCUCCGGGUACUUUCCUGCGGAGACAACGCGAAGAAGAUAAUUCAAGUCGCGUGCAGAGCCGUGCUUCUUCACGCCAUCGGUCAAGACAUAGCCGUGGACGCAGCUCGGAGAUCAAGAUUGGUCCCGGUGGUCCUGUGAGCCAAUCGGCUAUCGCGCCAACACGCAGGAGGGAGCAGAGUCCAGACCGUGAAACGCCUGACAAGCGUCAGAGCCGCAGUGACUCGGACACGCUGGCGAUGAAGAGCGAACCGCCAUCAGAUGAGAAGACACCGGAGAACGAAGAAGACCGUGACCUGGACAAGAUGGCAAGCCCGGGGGAGAUUUACGAGGAAGGUAACAAAACCGUAUAUGAAGAUGAAGAGGGAAAUGUGCUCGCCGUGGAGGAGAGUCGUGGUCUUGGAUCCCACAGGGAAGCGGCCGAGCGCCGGGAGGGACAGAGGCUCAUGCAUGACGAGGGUGCCGACCAUAAUAGGGGAGUCGCACCGACUAAAGACGAUCCAAGCACUGACCCAGGCCACGAAGCUCUGCAUGAGGCAGAGGCUGCGGCGCACAAGGUAGAGGACGCUGCUCAGAGACCGGGCAAGGGGUGGCGAGAGGGCUGGAACAAGUUCGGGACGCGGAGACGAGAAGGCGCCCAGAAGCCUCAGCCCGAGAAGAAGGAAGCUCAUGGUCCUGCGCGAGCUUACCAGUAUGGUAACACCAUCAUCGUGGAGGAUGAGGACGGUGAGGUUAUCAAAAAGUAUGACAUUCCUGCGCCAGAUCGAAAGCAACCAACUGCUGGCGAUCCCGCAACGAGCAAGCGACGCAUUCAGCGAAUGGGUACGAUGCUUGGGCUCGGACACAGGGAGGGUAAGGUCGAGCCUGGUGCUCCAGGGCCUUCGACGGGGAGUCCCUCUGCUGGUCCAGCAGAUGGCAAGAAAUCAAAGCAUGCUCAGGAGCUGGAUGCAGAAGAUGACGAGCGCGUCAGAUUCACCAUCACUGCUGGGGGAAAGAGAAUGAGCAAAGCGGAGUUCAUUGAUCAGAUCCGCGGCAUGGAUCCGAAGGCUCGAGCUGAAGCCGUCGAAGAUUCCAACGCUCCCGAAGCUGUCAAGCGCGAGGCGCGAAAAGAGACUCGCGAGCAGGCAAUCGCUUCCACACGACCUCGCGGUGCUUCCAUUCAGGUGUCGCAGGUGCCCAUGGUUCCUGAACAGCCGGAGGCUGAAGAGCGAAGACCCACGGCACAGCUACAGCGGGGCGGUACGAAUGAGUCUCUGCGGCUCGUGGAGUCUAACCAUGAAGUCCCCGUGCACGUCGUCUCGUCUGCCCUGAGGAGACAUCAGCAGCAAUCCGAGAGUCAGGGCGAAACGGCCGCGGAGCGUCGCAGGAGGCAAGCCCUGCAGAGCCAGACGGACGAAGACUCGGACGACGAUGGCACAGAGCGCGUCCCUCCCGGUCGGCGAGCUGGUCACGGCCUUUCUUCCAACGACGGUAACAACAGCGAUACGGAAGAAACUGCCGCCGAGCGGAGGAGAAGAGAAGGUGCCCUGGGUAUUAGCAGGCAGGACAGCGACAGUGAAGAGGACGGCGAGCCGCGAUCGGCGCCACAACGGCAGAGUAUCCGGUUUGCGGACGAAGGUGCAUCGUCGUCGCAGCCGGGCCAGCCCAGGCAGAGCGCGCUGAGGUGGGGUAAGAAUGUGGGGAGAUAA